AUGGCAGCCAAGGAUGACACGAUCGAAAUGAUAGAGAGCUCAGAGAGCGGCGCCACUGCCUGCCACGUGGACAACCAGAAGACUCCGGAUCCGCAUGUGCAAAGCUAUCCUGAGGAUGAGUUGCGCGGGCAAUUGCUCUGGAGCCGCAUCCGGCAUUACUGUCGGGAACCCUUCGCCGAGUUUUUCGGGACGAUGAUCCUGAUCCUGUUCGGUGACGGUGUGGUCGCGCAGGUGACUCUCAGCAAUGGGCAGAAGGGCAGUUAUCAAUCUAUUUCCUGGGGUUGGGGACUGGGCGUCAUGCUGGGAAUCUACGUCAGUGGGAUAUCUGGCGCCCAUCUCAACCCGGCCGUGACGUUUGCCAACUGCGUCUUUCGCCAGUUCCCCUGGCGCAAGUUCCCCGCCUACAUGCUGGCGCAGGUACUCGGGGCCAUGUGCGGUGCGGCCAUUGUCUACGGCAACUACAAGUCGGCCAUUGAUGUUUUCGAAGGGGGGCCCAACAUUCGCACGGUGCCGGGAUACUCGGACCAUGCAUCCGCGGGGAUCUUUUGCACGUACCCAGCUCCAUUCAUGACCAAGACGGGGCAAUUCUUCUCCGAGUUCAUCGCCAGUUCGAUCCUGAUGUUUAUGAUCUUUGCACUCAAAGACGACAACAACCUAGGGGCGGGGCCGCUGACCCCGCUGGCGUUGUUUUUCGUCAUCUUCGGCAUCGGGGCGUGCUUCGGGUGGGAGACGGGUUAUGCGAUCAAUCUGGCGCGGGAUUUCGGUCCUCGAUUGAUAUCCUACUUUUUGGGAUACGGGCAUGAAGUAUGGGCGGCAGGAAACUAUUAUUUCUGGGUUCCCAUGGUGGCUCCGUUCUUCGGGACUACCUUCGGAGGCUGGUUGUAUGAUAUGUUCCUGUAUGCGGGCGAAAGCCCGGUCAACACGCCGUGGAUGGGGUUGAAGCGGUUGAUCCGGCCGGGCAGGUUGGCAAAGGGGGAGAUUGUUUAG